AAAAGCGAGCGGAGGAGGUGCCAUCGUAAUGCAAUGAGUUGAAGCAGGGUUGUUUUGAGGAGUAAAAAGUUGUUAGUUUUAAUCUACUGUUGGCUGACCCUUGGCGCUUUGUGUUUACUUGGAAUUAUACAAAGUUUGGAGAAAUGUAGGGACGUUUUGGCUGCCUUUGUCGUUGCUUCACGAUGGAGGAACCUGCGACAAGAGAGUUUGAGAUGUCCCUUUCAGACGGUGCCUCGGACGACGAUAUGUCCUUAAUGUUACCUACAGAGGGCAGCCACAGUGGGAGCGUCCGAAAGGGAUGUGAUCCUUUCGCCCAGACUCAGCGCAGUAAACUGCAGCACCGGCGAGCUCGCAUCAACCAGCAGAUCAACAAGGAGAUGCGGAUGAGAGCCGGAGCAGAGAACCUGUUCAGGGCAACGACCAACAACAAGGUGAAGGAGACAGUGGCUCUGGAGCUCAGCUUCGUCAACUCCAACCUGCAGCUGCUCAAAGAGGAGCUGGAGGAGCUCAACAGCAACAUGGAGGUUUACCAAACAGACAGUGAGGCUGUCAACGUUCCCAUGAUCCCACUCGGAUUAAAAGAGACCAAAGAGGUGGACUUCACAGUUUGUAUCCAGGACUUCAUCUGUGAGCACUACGGAGAGGACAGCUCUCUCUACGACAAGGAGAUCAAAGAGCUUAUGGAGCUCAGACAGGCCAUGCGUACACCGAGUCGGAACCAGGCCGGCCUGGAGCUACUGAUGGAGUACUACAACCAGAUGUACUACCUGGACCAGCGCUUCUUCCCCCUACACAGGAACCUGGGCGUGCACUUCCACUGGUACGACUCUCUGACAGGCGUCCCGUCGUGUCAGCGUACGUUGGCCUUUGAGAAAGGAAGUGUGUUGUUCAACAUCGGUGCUCUGUACACACAGAUUGGAGCACGGCAGGACCGCUCUGCAACAGCUGGCAUAGACAAAGCUAUAGAUGCCUUUCAGAGAGCUGCAGGUGCAUUUAAUUAUCUUAAGGAGAAUUUUUCCAACGCUCCUAGUCUGGACAUGAGUAGUCCGUCGCUCUGCAUGCUGGUACGGCUGAUGGUUGCCCAGGUGCAGGAGUGUGUGUUUGAGCGUGUCACACUCACCACGCAGGACACACACUUCACUUCCCAACUCUGCCUGGCACAAGAGGCUGCACGGGUGUCAGACGUCUACUUGUUAGUGCAGCAGACCAUGACGCAGCCUCUGAUGAAGGACUAUGUGCCGUUUUCUUGGGCGUCCAUGGUUCAGGUCAAAUCGGAACACUUCCGCGCCCUCUCACACUACUAUGCUGCUGUUGCACUCUGUGGCCACACGUUGUCUGCGGAGGAGGAGGAGGGUGAUGAGGAAGCAGAGAAGGCUUUCCUCCAGUUCAGUGUCAGCGUUCCUGCAGGGCCACCACUCAGCCAGGUUUUACGAGACCCUGAAAAAAGAAGAAAGCUUGGUAAAGCUCACUUGCGGCGUGCAGUAAUCAGACAUGAGGAGGCCAUGCGUGUUCACAGUCUGUGUAAGAUCCUGAGGAAGAUGGACAUCCUGCAGGACGUGCUGUCUCUCACACACAAACGCUCUUUGGACAAGUACUCGGAGCUGGACAGAGAGGACGACUUUGAUGAAACCGCAGAGGCUCCAGAGAUACAGUCUCAAACCCGUCAGAAACCAGACAUCACUCCACCCAACUUCUCUACAGUCCAAGUUACUGAUAUCUUCCAAAGACUGGGGCCUCUGUCAGUGUUUUGUGCACGGGCUCGCUGGGGUCCGGUACGUGUGAUCUGCCUGCAGAGGAGAGAGGGUGGACUGGGUCUCACGCUCAGAGGAGACUCCCCUGUCCUGGUGGCUGGAGUGGUGCCUGGAGGCUGUGCAGCGGAGGCAGGACUAAGGGAAGGAGACUACAUAGUAGCAGUGGACGGACAGGACUGUAAAUGGGCCAAACAUGGCGAGGUGGUCCACAUGCUGAAGAGCUGUAGCGACAAAGGAGUGGAGCUCAGUGUGGUCACAUUACACUCACAUGAUGCACAGCAGGCAGAGAGGAGGGCCAUCAUGCUGUCCCAUAGCAGCGAUAAAGAAAACACUCGGCAGCGUCUGCUGGGUGGAGCUAAGGGCCAGAGCUCCGCCUCCCUGUUGAACUGGAACAGGAAGAAGAAGAGGGAAGGCAGCGGGGUCACUAAGAGAUUAGGAAGCACUUUCAGUUUGUCGUUUGGAAGCAUCCGAGACACUGAGGCCAUGUACUGAGUCAGGACUGCAGAGGAACCACUCAGGGAAACGUAGCAGUGGAGCACAUGGUACGAUUAGGACCGCACUCAGACUGACAGGAGUGCUGCACCAAGAAACAUCAGCAGGGGAUGCUGCUGCAGAGAGCUCUGACAAAAAAGCAGUUUAGUCCAGUAAAAAUGUUGUUCCUGGCUUCUUUUUUGCUACAGCACAGUCCAAUGUAUGUGGAAGCACACAUACCAGGUAGAACACCUUGUAGCAUGUAGCUUUUUGCUAUUUUUUAACCUCGCAAGAGUGAAGGAGCUUAGCCAGAGUUGAACAAUCCUGCCUUAGUCUAAAGGUGUGUCGAGACAGAAUGCAAGCAAAUGUAUAGAUGCAUAGACUGCAUAUAAAAUCAAUGGAAAGACGGGCGUGGGCGUGAAUAGAUUGCCUUGUGAGGCACAAACUGAGGCUAAGGCAUGUUCACGCGAGUUGAAAAUCGUCUUUGUCAAUGAAGUCAGCUAAACUAAAUAUACCAGAGGGCAGGGCAGCAUGACUUGUUGGCUGCUCCGACGCUCUCGGCUUUGUUUCCAUCACGCUUCUCUACUUCCAUCAGUUAGUUUUGUGGUCAUUUGGAGACAAGACUCUAAAGUUUACAGACUGCAAUGCUGUUGCUCCUGCUUUGCUCUGUGUACAUGAUGCAGCAAAAAAUAAAUGCAGUGAUUCGACUGACAAAAUGCGAGUAGACUCGGGGUCUUCUCGACUGAUGACUUGAAUCAUCGACUUUUAGGGGACAGCCCUAGCAUUAACAGGAAGAACUGGAGUUUCUGGUGAGUACUGAGUUUAGUCUGAGCUGCCACACAAACACGUCCGUUUCUAGUUAGCUAAUGUCUGUACACUGCACAAACCAGCGGCCGAAUUUAUGUAAAUGAUGCGUCGCUUUCUGUCUGAACACACCUUAAUAAGUCUUAAAACCAGACUCCCUGGUUCUUACUGAUAAUGUGUAGCAACAUGCCCGCACCAACGCCAUGGACAGUCAAAGAAUAAUUUUGAAUAUUACUAAACUUUAUUGAACUUUUUUCUGCAAACAACUCUGACCAACAUUUAAAAAAAUCAUUCCAAAUAACUAGUGAGUUAGUUAAUAGUAAAUGAGCCCAACGUUAAGUCUUAAUGUUGCUCACAGCAUGCCUAUUUGCAUCUAUUCUUUGAAAGACCACACCCAGCCACAGUGGAUGUACCACCGUCCUAUUUCCUAGUGUUGAUGCUUUAGAAAAGACAUCUUGCUCCCUGUGUCGGCACACGUCCGCUAAUGAACUUUGACUACUUCUGUCUAUAUAAUGUGUCAGGUGUGUGCUGCGGGUGUCAAAUGACGCAAUGCUAUGCAGCUGGCAAAUUUUGUGGUGAGAAUUAAGGAAAACAUUACUGAACUCUCCUUUACACAACGUGUGUAUUGUUACAUUAACUGAUGUAAAAAUAAUUGAGAAAGCAAAGCAGAAUUAACAAGCAAGCACCAUUUUUCUUGUCUUAUCCUCAAGUGGUCUCUGAGGUUACACGAUACUGUACCAGUCACCUGUUUAACCACUGAAGUGCUCCACAAACCAUCUGAAGCUUUUUGAUGGAUUUGGAUCAGUUCAUCCACUGAUACUUUACAUUGUACAUUACUAAUUAGUAUGAUGUUGGAUUUGGUGUUCUUGGAGAAAUAUUUGUGUUUAGUUUUGUCGUUUUUAGAUGAUUAAAAGCACUUAAGAGGUUUUGAUCCAAUGUUUUGUAGUUUUGGUAUUUUUUAUGCACUGUGACUAUUGAAAAGUAAUAAUGUAGUUCUGACUUGAUGUUUCAAUAAUGAACAUGAAACACUCACGUGAGAGUUUGUGUGUAUUUGAAAUGAAAUGUGACGCUGAGAGAUCCUGCAGGAAAAGCGUGACACACGGUGUCCACAGUGUGGCAUUUUUCUGAGUAGGUUUGUAUCGUCUUGUAUCUGUUGUGUUCUUAAUGGCUGAACGCGAACAGUUGUUGAAGUCCAGCCACUGUACUGUAUGUUACAGUCCGCCAAUAUUAAUUAGGAACAACAGAUGAGGAUGUUAGUGGGGAAAAAAAACGUAUUUGAAUUAACAUUGUUUGAACUUUUUGUAAGAUUUUGAUACAACUAGAAUUGUAGCACAUUAUUGCUUGGUCCAACUAAAAAUGAAUGCUGUGUGAUUUUGUUUUGUCUGUAUAAUGUUUGUGCCAUGGUGGUCCAUAGUCAUGAGUAUGGAAAGCCAGAGGGGACAAACAAUGAUUUUGUUUUUACAUGUUGCAACAUAAUUAUUCUGGGAGGUUUUUUGUUUUUUUUGUUUCCUGUAUUCAUGAAAAAAGUUCAGCGAUUACAUAAAACAGUGUUCACAAUUUAUGCCACGAUUGCAAAAUAGUAAGAUCUUUGUAUUCUCAUGAUCAUGAAAUUAAUUUCUGGUGUCAAGGAAACAACUUGUCAUGUUGUGAUCACAAAGUAACUUUCUUGUUGUAGAAAAACUGGUCAAGUUCUCUGUGUGUGAGUGAGUAAAUGUUUGUCAGGACUGUUGUGAAGAGGAUCCCUCUGUUUUUGACUGAAUACCUGACCAUCCCUUAAUGACUGCAUUUGGGGAUUUGCACAGUAUUUUUUUCAUGUAGAAAUACAAUAAAAGUGAAUGAUGAACUAC